AUGACCGCACCGGACGAUGAUCCCCAGCAGCAGGGCCAAUCGAACGGCAAGGUUCAGACUGAGGCCGAUCUAGCACAGGCCUAUAAGGAAAUCAUGCGGGGAGAGCAAGCCGCGACGGCCAUGGAGAACAACUUGAGUAACCUGGAGAGCAAGCUGGACGCCAUACUCGCCGCCUUUGACGCGGCUGACGUCGAAAAGGCCACGGGCGAGAACAAGCAGUCCUCUGACGAUGAUGACCGCGCACGUGUCGGCAUCGCCGACAAGAAUGAAGACGAACAGCCUUCAGGGUCAAGCAAAGAGGCCAAGGCGGAGUGA